AUGCUUCAAACAAUUAAAGAUUGGUUCUGGUUGGAAGAAUUGUGGCUUCCUCCAACAAUAAAAUGGUCAGAUCUUGAAGACCAUGAUGGACUUGUAUUUGUAAAACCUUCUCAUUUAUAUAUAACAAUUCCCUAUGCUUUCCUCUUGCUGAUCAUCAGAUAUUUUUUUGAAAGGUUUGUUGCUAUACCGUUAGCAAAGGCUUUUGGCAUAAAUGAGAAAGUCUCAAAGAAGAUUCAGCACUGUCCUAUCUUAGAGAAGUUUUUCAUCCAAUCCACCAGGCAUCCUUCCCAAAGUGAUCUAUAUGGUCUAGCAAAGAAGUGUAACCAGACUGUGGAAGAGGUUGAAAUAUGGUUUAGGAGACGGCGUAAUCAAGAGAGACCUUGCAGACUAAAGAAAUUCCAGGAAGCUUGUUGGAGAUUUACAUUUUAUUUAUUCCUAACUAUUGCUGGAAUUGGAUUUCUAUAUGAUAAACCAUGGCUCUAUGAUCUAUGGGAAGUUUGGAAUGGCUAUCCAAAGCAGCCAUUGCUCCCAUCUCAAUACUGGUACUACAUGUUAGAGAUGAGUUUUUAUUGGUCCCUGCUGUUUAGACUUGGUUCUGAUGUCAAGAGAAAGGAUUUUCUAGCCCAUGUCAUUCAUCAUCUGGCUGCUUUAAGUUUGAUGAGCUUCUCUUGGUGUACCAAUUAUAUUCGUAGUGGGACAUUGGUGAUGCUUGUCCAUGAUGUUGCUGACAUUUGGCUUGAGUCUGCUAAAUUAUUUUCUUAUGCUGGAUGGAAGCAAACCUGUAACACUCUGUUUUUCAUCUUUGCUGCUGUGUUCUUUAUUAGCCGCCUUGUAAUUUUCCCCUUCUGGAUCUUAUACUGCACAAUGAUUGUACCUUUAUAUUACCUUAAACCUUUCUUUUCAUACAUUUUCCUCAAUGUGCAACUUGUGAUACUGCAAAUCCUUCACCUCUACUGGGGUUAUUAUGUCCUGAAAAUUCUCAGAAAAUAUGUAAUGAAAAAGGAAAUGGAGGAUGUACGGAGUGAUGAUGAAGAAGAUGAAGAGUCUGCUGAAGAGGAUGAACCAGAGAGUUUGAAGAAUGGUCUUGGAAAAAGCAGGAAGCCAAUUCCCAAUGGUCAGCCUGAUCAUUAG